AUGGCUCGAGCAUUGCGUUACGCGCUGAUCGGCGCCAUGGCGUUGGCCGUGGCCAACGUCGGGGCCAACUUCAAUGGCGUGCAGACAUCGAAACAAGCGUACUUUUUUGGGGUGAAGCAACCGACCGACAUCUUGUGCCACUCGCAGACACUGCUGAAGGGCUCCAGUCUGCCAAUCGACGUCUCCUACACUAAUCCGCCCUUGAACAUCGACUUCAUCACGGUGGCCGCGGACAGGCUCUCGCAGUACGGCUACACGGCGGCCAUUAGCUCCGGGACCGUCGGAUCGACCGCUGCUGUGACGGUGAAAAUCACCGGAAAAAACGUUCUACCCUACGCCAUCCAAGUAAAGUUCUACUGUGUACCCUAA